AGUGAAAUGAAGGACUAACGCCAGAUCCAUAAAAAAAAAUCGCUACCGAUCACCUGACUGUAGCACCGCAUAGAUCCCGAUCAACCGCUGAAUCUGAAUCACACACAUGAAACAAGCAUGGCAACGAAUACAGCAUCAAGUAAAAACGGCCUCAAGCCGAAUCAGGGGGCAGCGGCGCCAGCAGGCUCAGGAGGCUCGAAGCUAAUGGAAUCUAAUCCACCCAGCACCCAGUUCACCAAUGGGCUUUUGGUCGCCUCAGGAGCCGCCUUCCUGACUGGCAUCUUUGGAUCACUUUGGUAUCAGGGUCGACAGGAGAGACGCAAGGGCAUUAAUCGAGUAGCGGUAGGAGCACCUGUGAAUCCGGGCCUUCAAUCACUAAGCGACCUCAAGAAAGCCGAGGCGCUUUUGAAGGAAGGAAGGAUGCUUGGGGUAAAAGCAUUUGCAAUUGCAACGACGAUGUGUCUUUCGGGAGCGGUGCUAGUCGUAGGGGCCACCCGGUGGGCGUUGGAUGUUGAAACGAUACCCGAGUUUUCGUCAAAGAUGCGAGAGCUGUUUCCGAAGCAAAAGACCAAGUUUGUGGAUGCCGUCGUCGGUGCAGAUCGAUCAGUAUUUGGAAACCCUUCUGGAUCUAGAUCUGGAUCUGGACCGUCCACAGAAGGGCCAUCAUCAGCGUCAGAUGCAGCAUUAGGAUUAGAGGAGAAGGACUUGGACCAUGAAGAUGAUAGCAACAUUCUGGGACGUCUGGAGCGAGAAUUGCGGAGGCUGGAGCAGGAUGAGGAGAGCACAGCACCCCGGACAUCACCAUCAUCAACAACAGUAACAACAGCGUCUACAUUGAAAUAAAGAAAGAGAGGUCAUUCAUGUUAUCCAGCGCAGCGAGAUGUGUGUCGACAGCAAAGUACAGAGAUCUUGUGCUUUGCCCUGGAUCUCCAGGAAACUCAAAAGUGGUGACCCACUUUGAUUUCGGUCCGAAUCAAGCCACUCUCCGAGAAAAACGGU